AUGUCAUAUUCACCAUUAGAAUACAAGGAUUAUGUAAAAUAUCUGGGCAUACUCAUUGACAAGAAUCUUAACUGGAAAACUCAUGUUGAUCUCAUUGCUCUAAAAGUUAGUAAAUCCAUUGCCAUUUCAGACCUCUAUGAACUAAGAAGUUUCCUUGACAUAUGCUGCGAAAGGACAGUAUUCGACAGCCAGUCCGGUUCAUCGAGGUUCAUCAAAAUGAACAAUUCCUCCAUAUCAACUCAGGGAAAUGGAGAAGAACCAAACAUGCAGCUAUUAGAAUUAAUGGCGUGGAGUUCUGCUUAUGGAUUUGUCGAUGUUAUCAUUCUUGUCGGCAAUGUCCUCACCCUCACCGUUUUCUCUACAAACAAGAAGCUUCUUCGCAUGCGUGCAAAUUACUUCCUGAUAAAUUUGGCACUGGCGGAUAUGAUGGUUGGUACAUCGGCUAUUCCAAUGUACCUUUACCACCUAACUGCGGCAUGGAAAAAGGGUGACAGUAUCUGGAAACAAAAUAGUUACAAGAUUUAUAUGGUGGUCGAUGUUUUUGUUGGUUGUGCUUCAAUAUUUACUCUAACAGUUAUUGCUCUAGAGCGAGCUUUUUCAGUUUGUUUGCCUCAUAUUCAUCGUCGCGUCAGAAACAAGAGCUAUUUUGGACUUCUUGGCUUCAUAUGGUUGUUGUCUAUUCUGGUCUCCUGUUUGCGAUUCCUUUAUGAGGAAAAGCUACUCUCAAUACAGUUUUUCUUCUACUUUAUGCUGGUGUCCUUUGCUGUAGCCCUCACGAUAAUUUGCGUCUCGUAUGUGGUAAUAUGGUUCAAAAUGAAAUUUCGUUUUGCCAGAAGAGACAGCGUACAUAAGCGGUCUGGUGAACAUGACAAACGACUCGCUGUAAUGCUUUCCACAGUAACUGUUGUAUUUGUUCUAACCUGGAUGCCAUUUCAGGUCAUAAACAUUGUAACAUUUUUCUGCAAGUCUUGCCAAAAAAUGCCCAUCGAGAUCGUAUAUUUGGCAAAGUUUUUACACUAUGGUAAUUCGUGCGUUAACCCCAUUAUUUACUCAUUCUUGGUACCCGAGUUUAGAAAGACAGUUAUCAAAAUUUUGAGCAAAAUAAGAGCUUAAUUUACAUGAAAAUUGAUAUGAAUAAUACAUAAAACUUACUGAACGCGAAGCGAUUGUUCAAUUUCGACAAUAAAUUUCCAGUUCCUGUCUGCUAAAAAGAAAAGAAAAAAAAAAA